CGGUAUGCAGCAGCGGGGUACCGCACAUGCCUAGUGGUGCAGUCUCAGGACAGAGUGGCCGACAGGCUUCUAGGCAUGCGCCUCACUCCCUCGCCCCAACCCGUGCCCGCACCUGCUGCAGCUGCUGCUGCUGCCUCCCAGCCGCCGCUGCUGUGUGCUCUCCGUGUGGAAACCACCAAGCUGCUACUGGCUCCUCUCGAGAUCAUAAAGAAGGCGGACGAGCGACUGGGAAUCACACAAGGCGCACUGGCAGAGGUGGUGGGUGAGGAGCUGUCGGUGCUGCCCGGAAUGGACGCGGUAAUGGCAGUCGCUGUCCUGGAGCGCAUCGCGCGUCCAGCUGGCGGCCUCCUGGCCUUUGCCACGUCAUCAGGGCCGCGGGCCACGUCAGCAGGGAAGAAAGGGGCGGCAGCAGGGGAGUGGGUGUACCCGUGGGGGGAGGGGGAGGCGGAGGUGGUGGUGUUUGAUGGGGCCACCACUUGGGAGGUGCUGCGCAUGCUGGCCAGCCCGGAGAAAGCCAGGUGGUAUCUGAGGAGGUUUCGCACCCUGGCAGAGCGGACGGACAUCGGCCGUGUGGCUCUGCCCUCUGUGGCCCGCCUGCUCGACUCCAUUGUGGGCUCGUCCAAAGGGGGUGGUGCUGCUGGUGGGGGUGGGGAGGAUGGGCAGCGCAAUACAGUGGAGAUAUGGGAGAAGCUCGAUUCCUUCCUCUCUAAAGCCGUCUCAGCGUUUGCCGACCCCUACCGCACCUCCGUCUUCCUAUUGGCCGACGCAGCGAGCCACUCGACAGUCGACACGUGUCGCCGCAUCUGGGGCUGUGCCGUGCAAGCAGGCGUGUCCCCUUCAGGCGUGUUCCUUCUCCCAUCGGACGUAGCAUCGGGGGGAGCAUCGGGAGGAUUGGCAGAAAAGUUUUCUCCGCUGCCCGUGGCAGAACUGCCCGUGGUGUCAGAGGAGGCCCCGGCGGCUGUAGCUGCCGCGGCCGGUCAGAUGAGCGAUGGAGCGGUGGCAGUUAUGAACGGGGAAGGUGCGGGGAAGGCUCCUCCGGCGGUGGACGUGGACGUGGCGGCGUGCACGGUUCGUCUUUUUCUGCCGGGGUUCGACAAGCAAGAGGUCAAGCUGCAGCAGUGGAAGGGCGGGGCAGAGCUGCUGAUGGAGGCGGGGGGACCAGAGGCGGUGUGUGAUGCUGUCUUGAGCCAUUCAGGGACGUUGGAAGGGCGGGGCAGAGCUGCUGGUAGAGGCGGGGGACCAGAGGCGGUGUGUGGAGCUGCCUCGAGCUGUUCAGGGGAAGUCGAAGCAGGCCGGUUUCUCCCCGGCGUCGGCAGUCUACCCACCAACCGUCUUCCACCCGGCUUGAACUCAGCCGUCGCGGCAGCAGCCGCAUCAGCCAGCAGCAGCAGCCCCGCAGCGACACUCAACUCAGCGCUCUCCGGCCUCCAGUCGUCCUUCAACGGUCAGAUCACGUCUCUCGACGAGCUUCUCAAGAAAUCGCUCGAGCAGAUCUCGGCGGCCCUCAGCAGCAACGCGUCCGCGGAAGCCGCGCUCCAGGCGCAGAUAUCCGCGCUAAAAUCCAACCUCGCUGCUUUGAACGGGAGCCUCGCCAGUCUGAACGCGCUGAACAUCUCAGGGUCGAAUCUGAACUUCACGGAUUUGAUUUCCCAGAUCUCGGGGAUUCGAUCUAACAUUUCAUCGAUCAGCAGCAGCAUCGCCGCUCUGAACAAGGACCUGGCGGGGAUAAUAGGCUCGGGUGCAGGCUCGGGCGUAGGCUCGCGCGUAGGACCAGCGGCUUUGUCCAGCGCAGCCGCCACCGCAGCUUCCGCGAGUCGGAGCGCGGCGAUCCGCGCGGCUGUGAGGCAGCGGCUGGCGGCUGUGACGCAGCGAGUCGCGGGGCUCAACGGGAACGUGUCCGCCCUCGCUGGGAUGCUGAACGCUCUGAACGGCGCCCUGAACGGCGAUGGUGUCAAUAGCGGUCUGAUGGCUGAUGUGGCUAAUCUUCUUCCCCAGCAGGCGGGCAUGCUGCGUGCUGUGCUGACGUCAUGCAACGGCCUGCUGUCACUCCAAGCUGGCGCUGCUGAUAUUCAGAUCCUCAAGAUUGGUUCGGACUAUCUGCUCACAUACUACCUGUACGCAGCAGGAGUGACCAAGGCCCCGGACUCACAGGCCAUUUUCAAGGGCAACGCCUGCAGCACCGCUGCUGCUUCAGCAGCCCUCGCCCUGCCUGGCACGUGGGUGCCCAUGAGCCCUGUGUCCUGGUCGCUGGCCAAUGUCGUGAGGGCGUCAGCUGCUGACGUGGCGGAUGUGCUGGCAUCGAUCCAAGGGAUCACCAAUGAUGACCUGUUCCUCGGAUUCUCCGGUGCUGACGGGGCUCUCUCAGGGAGAAUGAUUGGGGACCCGGUUGCAUCGGGGGGAGGGGUGGCAGUAGCGGUGGCGGUCGACUGGUUUGGCUCCCAGGAGGUUGUGGGCGAGGGAGAGAGCGUGGAGGGCGGGCAGUGUACCUGCGAGGGUGGAGAUGCGGUUGUGGGCGAGGAGCAGCGUGGAGACUGGCAGCAGGCGAUGGGGCGCUGGCAGGCAGGACUCGGGAGAGGUGGCGAUGGGACAGGACUCGCUGUACGUGAGGAGAGGACUAAGGAUGGAGGGCGCACCUGCGAGGGUGGAGAUGCGGUUGUGGGCGAGGAGCAGCGUGGAGACUGGCAGCAGGCGAUGGGGCGCUGGCAGGCAGGACUCGGGAGAGGUGGCGAUGGGACAGGACUCGCUGUACGUGAGGAGAGGACUAAGGAUGGAGGGCGCACCUGCGAGGGUGGAGAUGCGGUUGUGGGCGAGGAGCAGCGUGGAGACUGGCAGCAGGCGAUGGGGCGCUGGCAGGCAGGAUUCGGGAGAGGUGGCGAUGGGACAGGACUCGCUGUACGUGAGGAGAGGACUAAGGAUGGAGGGCGCACCUGCGAGGGUGUGGAUGCGGUUGUGGGCGAGGAGCAGCGUGGAGACUGGCAGCAGGCGAUGGGGCGCUGGCAGGCAGGACUCGGGAGAGGUGGCGAUGGGACAGGACUCGCUGUACGUGAGGAGAGGACUAAGGAUGGAGGGCGCACCUGCGAGGGUGUGGAUGCGGUUGUGGGCGAGGAGCAGCGUGGAGACUGGCAGCAGGCGAUGGGGCGCUGGCAGGCAGGACUCGGGAGAGGUGGCGAUGGGACAGGACUCGCUGUACGUGAGGAGAGGACUAAGGAUGGAGGGCGCACCUGCGAGGGUGUGGAUGCGGUUGUGGGCGAGGAGCAGCGUGGAGACUGGCAGCAGGCGAUGGGGCGCUGGCAGGCAGGACUCGGGAGAGGUGGCGAUGGGACAGGACUCGCUGUACGUGAGGAGAGGACUAAGGAUGGAGGGCGCACCUGCGAGGGUGUGGAUGCGGUUGUGGGCGAGGAGCAGCGUGGAGACUGGCAGCAGGCGAUGGGGCGCUGGCAGGCAGGACUCGGGAGAGGUGGCGAUGGGACAGGACUCGCUGUACGUGAGGAGAGGACUAAGGAUGGAGGGCGCACCUGCGAGGGUGUGGAUGCGGUUGUGGGCGAGGAGCAGCGUGGAGACUGGCAGCAGGCGAUGGGGCGCUGGCAGUCAGGACUCGGGAGAGGUGGCGAUGGGACAGGACUCGCUGUACGUGAGGAGAGGACUAAGGAUGGAGGGCGCACCUGCGAGGGUGUGGAUGCGGUUGUGGGCGAGGAGCAGCGUGGAGACUGGCAGCAGGCGAUGGGGCGCUGGCAGGCAGGACUCGGGAGAGGUGGCGAUGGGACAGGACUCGCUGUACGUGAGGAGAGGACUAAGGAUGGAGGGCGCACCUGCGAGGGUGUGGAUGCGGUUGUGGGCGAGGAGCAGCGUGGAGACUGGCAGCAGGCGAUGGGGCGCUGGCAGGCAGGACUCGGGAGAGGUGGCGAUGGGACAGGACUCGCUCAGGCAGGACUCGGGAGAGGUGGCGAUGGGACAGGACUCGCUGUACGUGAGGAGAGGACUAAGGAUGGAGGGCGCACCUGCGAGGGUGUGGAUGGGGUUGUGGGCGAGGAUCAGCGUGGAGACUGGCAGCAGGCGAUGGGGCGCUGGCAGGCAGGACUCGGGAGAGGUGGCGAUGGGACAGGACUCGCUGUACGUGAGGAGAGGACUAAGGAUGGAGGGCGCACCUGCGAGGGUGUGGAUGCGGUUGUGGGCGAGGAGCAGCGUGGAGACUGGCAGCAGGCGAUGGGGCGCUGGCAGGCAGGACUCGGGAGAGGUGGCGAUGGGACAGGACUCGCUGUACGUGAGGAGAGGACUAAGGAUGGAGGGCGCACCUGCGAGGGUGUAGAUGCGGUUGUGGGCGAGGAGCAGCGUGGAGACUGGCAGCAGGCGAUGGGGCGCUGGCAGGCAGGACUCGGGAGAGGUGGCGAUGGGACAGGACUCGCUGUACGUGAGGAGAGGACUAAGGAUGGAGGGCGCACCUGCGAGGGUGUAGAUGCGGUUGUGGGCGAGGAGCAGCGUGGAGACUGGCAGCAGGCGAUGGGGCGCUGGCAGGCAGGACUCGGGAGAGGUGGCGAUGGGACAGGACUCGCUGUACGUGAGGAGAGGACUAAGGAUGGAGGGCGCACCUGCGAGGGUGUAGAUGCGGUUGUGGGCGAGGAGCAGCGUGGAGACUGGCAGCAGGCGAUGGGGCGCUGGCAGACAGGAGAGGUGGCGAUGGGACAGACACACGCUGCUGCUGGUACUGGUGCUCGUUUGAAGGGAGAGGGCUGCAGAUAG